CCUUGCUCACACUCUUCAACUUUCCCAGUAAUUAUUUGCCAAUUUAUCAGCUUUAAAAUUGUCAAAGAUCCUCCCGUUUUUCUAUUUCAUCCGAAUUCGUUGAUAUCUCAGAGCCCUUCUCUUUCAACUCUUUAGAAGAAGUUCGAGAUUGGUAUUAGUUGAGGAAUGGCUGGGAAAGUUGUGGACGCUCUGACCGCCAGUUUCUCUGAGUAUGACUUUCUUGAAGACGAUGAUGGGCAGCAUAAAACCAUGGUUUCAUCUUCAAAUCAGAGAAUUCCAAGGAUUGACCCUUCAUUAUUGAAACUUAGGCAUAGAAUUGGAAGGGGCCCUUUUGGCGAUGUUUGGUUAGCAACUUAUCAUAAUUCGACAAACGAUUAUGAUCAAUACCAUGAAGUUGCUAUCAAGAUGUUGCAUCCGGUUAAGCAAGAUGAUACCGGGACUUUGUUGGAUAAGUUCGAUGAUUUAUAUUCCAAGUGCCAUGGUGUGGAUGAUAUUUGUUCUUUACAGGGAAUUUCUAUUAUAAAUGGAAAGAUAUGUAUUGUAAUGAAAUUUUAUGAGGGUUCCAUUGGGGAUACAAUGACUCGCCGCAAGGGAGGAAAGCUUCCAUUGCCUUUGGUUUUGAGGUAUGGGAUCGAUUUGGCUCAAGGGAUUUUAGAAUUGCACUCCAGAGGGAUUUUGGUUCUUAACCUUAAACCGUAUAACUUUCUUCUUAAUGAAACUGAUCAAGCUGUUGUAGGGGAUAUUGGUAUUCCAUAUCUGCUACUGGGAAUUAGAUUGCCCAGCUCAGAUAUGCCACACAGGUUUGGAACCCCUAAUUACAUGGCUCCAGAACAGUGGCAACCGGAAAUAAGAGGUCCGAUAUCGUUCGAGACUGAUUCAUGGGGAUUUGCAUGCAGUAUUGUUGAGAUGCUCACCGGAACUGUUCCUUGGCAUGGGAAAUCAGCUGAUGAAAUUUAUGACCUGGUUGUAAGAAAAAAAAAGAAGCCACUUAUUCUAGGUGGUCUUCCUCCUCCUGUUGAGAAAAUUCUUCUUGGAUGCUUCGAGCAUGACUUCAGAAGUCGUCCUUUGAUGAAAAACAUAUUUAAUGUGUUUAAAUGCUCAGAGAUUGGAGGUGAACAUGAUGGGCGUUGGACAGAACUUGGGAGCACAAGCACAACUGUGUUGGACAGAAAAGGUAGCACCACUGGCUACACAGAGUGGUUUCUUUCAAAAGAUUAUUUGCUAGUGGGUGAUACAGUACGUUCCAGAAAGCCACCUAACUCCUGCAAACCUGAAAAUAUGGAUGUCCCGGAAGGAACUGUGGUGGGAGUAGAACAUGGUGCAGAUCGAGAUGGUUUUGUUUUGGUGAGGGUUCAUGGCAUUCACGAUCCAUUACGAGUUAAGGUUUCAACACUAGAGAGGGUCACUUUUGGCUUAGCAGCUGGGGAAUGGGUACGUUUGAAGGAAGAAGACAGAAGGCACUCAUCAGUAGGUAUUCUCCAUUCCAUUGAUCGUGAAGGAAGUGUUGCUGUUGGAUUCAUAGGGUUAGAAACUCUUUGGAAAGGAAAUUCUUCUCAAUUUCAGAUGGCGGAAACUUUCUGCGUCGGUCAGUUUGUUAGGCUGAAAUCUAAUGUGCUUAGUCCCCGCUUUGCAUGGCCUCCCAAAAGAGGAGGUACAUGGGCUGCUGGGAAAAUUUGCUGGAUCCUGCCAAAUGGAUGCCUAGUUGUUAAUUUCCCUGGUAGGUUAACUUUUGAAGAUGAACUCGGCGAUAUCUUGGCUGAUCCAGCUGAAGUGGAAGUGGUUUCCUUCAAGAAUUGUCCUGGAUUGGUUAAAAAAUAUCAACAUCUUGAGGAUAUUCAUUGGGCUGUGAGACCACUUCUGGUUGCAUUGGGUGUAUUUACAGCAAUCAAGGCGGGAUCUUUUUUCGGAAAGAUAAUUGGGAGAUCAAAACAUAGCGGUGUAAUUCAUAGUGAUGUCCAACAUAUUGAUCAUACUGGCACCGGCAACCCGACUUGGCUUCCACCACCUGUGGCGAAUAUUAUUUUCAGGGAAGGUUCUGCUCGGUAGUUUCCUGGUCCAGUCCAUACAACCAGGAAGCAUCUCCUUUGUUCAUUUACUGUAGUAAACUGUUACAACUAUAAACUCGACAUCUUAUUGUAAUCAUCUAUAUCUUAAUCAUUUUAUGCCAGUUUUUUCAGUUCUUGUG